AUGCAGCUGACGGUGAAGGUGCUCCAGGGUCGAGAGUGCGUCCUGCAGGUGUCAGAAGACGAGCUGGUGUCCUCCCUGAAGCUUCAGGUCUCCGAGCAGUUGAACGUCCCUGUGCGCCAGCAGCGGCUGCUGUUCAAGGGCAAAGCCCUGGCAGAUGGGAAAAGGCUCUCGGAUUACAGCAUUGGCCCCAAUUCUAAGCUCAACCUAGUGGUGAAGCCGUUGGAGAAGGUGCUGCUGGAGCAAGGCGCUGCCCGAAGACAGGACGCCCAGCCUCGGCCCUUAGCCCCCACCUCGGAGACGUGGCAGGUGAUUGCUAAAAUUCUGGGCCGACACUUCAGCGCUGCAGAUGCCACCAGGGUCCAGGAACAACUCCAGCGGGAGUACGAGAGGUCCCUGAGCCGUCUGACAAUGGAUGACAUUGAGCGGUUGGCCAGCCGUUUCCUGCACCCUGAAGUGACUGAGGCUACAGAGAAGGGGCUCUCCAAAUAA